AUGACCUCAGCACAGGUCAUCGCUCUUGCCCGCGACGCGAUGCAGAGCGCCCUCCACGAGAACGAGUCGCAGGCCGCCGAGGCAAGCGCCGUGAGCACCGAAUUGAAGCCCGGCGUCACCAUCGACCUGAGUCGCAAGGGCAUCCAGAAACUCCCCGACGAGGUUGUUGAUAUCAUCAAGAACGAGCUAGAGCGCCUCGCCCUUUCGCACAAUCAAGUCAACUCCUUCCCGACUCGCUUUUCCGAAUGCACAUCCCUCCGAUACUUGAACGUCAGGAAUAACCAGAUUCGAGAGUUCCCAUUGCCGCUCUGCGAUCUAAGGUCGCUCGAGAUACUCGAUCUGAGUAAGAACAAGCUGCGCGCUUUGCCCCCCGACAUUGUUAAGCUCGCCUCCUUGAAGGUGUUCUCCGUCCAGAAGAACCGCAUCGAGGAAUUGCCAGUCGCCUUGGCCGACAUGAUUUCGCUGCAGGUGCUCAAGUUUGAUGGCAACCCGAUCACAUUCCCGCCUCGUGAGGUCCUGCAGGUGCAAGCAAGCAGUCCCCCGAAUGAGGGCUAUUUGAAAGAAAGCGAGGUCACCGAGGUGGCCGUCACUGCACACAUCAAGCGCUUCCUCAGGCAGCACACCAUGAAUGGGCGUGCAGAAUCGGACACGGCUGGGGAAGAAUCCAGCGAAGGCAUGGAAACCCCUCGCAUGCCUCCGAUCAAGCGCGUUGUCAGCGGUCGCUUUCCCAUUAAAGUCAACGGCACGGAUGUUCCCGACCUUCGAUCCCCGAAUCUAAUCCGGCCUCCCCCCAUCCCAAGCCGGUCCCACUACAGAGGAUUGUCGCAGCAGAACACGGCCGUUCGUCGACCUGGCGUCAUGCCCCUGACCAUAGGAAACGUCAACGAGCGCCUUCGAAGCAAUUCAGAGACGCUUCUGCAGGCAACCCGCGGAGAGCGCCCCGAAUCCCGAGCAAGACGCAUGGGCGUGGUAUCUCAAAAAAGUACUCAGCUCGGCACCUUGGACGAGACGCAGGCCAACAACCGCUUCAGUCAUUAUAGGGGCCUGAGCCAUGGCUCGGCCAUGCAGCCGCCGCCGGCCAGCAUGUCGGUCAAGAGUCCCAACAGCCCGGCCGAGCCCUUUCUACAGCGCCCGAUCUACGUUCGACGGCUCUCCGUGCUGCCUGAGCGAAGACGCGAGUCCAAGGUCUACGAUCCCAUCCUAGAGGCUGCUAAGGGCAUCCUCUAUGCCGUCUUCCAGAUCCACCCCAUGAUUCAGAUGCUCAUGAGCUUGACAAGCGACGGUUCUUCAAAGAGAUCCAGCCUUGAGAUUGUCUUCUACAACACAAACUCGCACGUGGAGGAGCUGGAGCAGGAAAUCCAGAAGCAUGACCCUGGCGCUGAAGGAGACGAGAUGGCUGGCCGUGAGAACGAAAACGUUCACCGAGCCUGCCAGACUCUGGUCGGCGCCUACACCCACGUCUGCACGUUGCUGGCCGGCAACAUCGAUUCCUUCAUCGACAACGGAGACCCGCGCUACAUCCGCACCCUGUUGAUGCUCAUUUAUAAUAGCAUUAUGGAGAUCAGGUGCACUCUUGCUGCGAUGUCACCUGACGCCGGCCUUGCGAAACCCACCCCACGAGCUAUGACUUUGGGCGACACGAUCAAGCCUCACUCGCGGGAGAACUCCAUUACGCCUACCGCUGAGCGGCUUGGACUGGCCCAGCGACCCCGGCCCGGCCCCAUUCUUCACAACCCGAGUAACCUGAGAGUGGCGACGGACGUACCCCUCCCAUACAUGAAUGGGAUCAACGGGAUGAAUGGUGUUGCUGCUAGUCGCACAGCGACACUCACCUCGGCAACACCUCGGUCCGGAGAGUCUUUCGUCUCUGCUUCUUCUGGCGGACGUGGCAUAUCCGACUUCACAGAGGAUGACAGAUAUUUCGAGAAGAUCUUUCUGGCACUUCAGCGAUCGUCUGAGCUCGUCAUGAGGACUUUGCCCAUGUUCCAGAACCACAUGUCGGUCCUCGCGAAGAAGGCCAUGGGACGUCGCGCUCCGGAUCACGAAAUGAUGUGCUGGAAGGGACUUAUUUCCAAGUGCAGCACCGCGGUACAGCAGACUGAGAUGCUCCGCAGCCGCCUUUCGUUGGUCAAGCUCAAGGAGCCUGGUAUUAUGAGUCAACCGGCCUUCAGGAGUUUGAUCAGCAACUUCAUCGACUCGUGGGCGGAGUUUGGGAACCAGAUCCGCUCUGCGUUCAACGAAGUCAGUCUUCCGCCGGAUACCAGGGUCAGGCUUCGUCCUAUCCAGCAGGCCAUGAAGGAAGCAAGAGACACCAUUCUCCAGUCGCCGUGGAGCUAUCUCUUGCGACAAUCAUCGAACCCCAACACCUUCAGCCCCAAUGGCGGCCCGGGCUUAGCACCCAUCCAACUGCCGAUGACACCCCAAAGCGCGGCUCUGGGACCUGCCGUCCAGGCGACAGUCCCAUCCACUCCCCAGAGCGCUUCCUUCGCGGCGGCGUUCAACGGCAACGUCUUCGAACGGGCCGAUGCCCUUAUUAACAUGGGCGGGCUCUCAAUGUCUCGGAAUGGUACAAUGACAAACAGCUCGGCCGCUAGUUUCACCAUGUCUUCAAUGUCAUCGUUCUCAUCCGACGGAGGGGCUAUGACACCCUCAUCAGUCAUAAGCCCCAACGGCUUUGGCCCUGGCCCGGUACCACUGCGACUCAAUGGUAGCAAAGUUGCCUUCUAG